UUAAGGAGAUUUUAACUUUGGAUCAAUUUGCCUUGAUCAGAUAUCAAAUUCUUACUUACUGUUUUGGUAAAACGAUUAAGCUAAAGUUCGAAGAAAACACGAUUUGAUCAAAUAUGUUUAAAGCCAAGACAGUCACUAUGUAARGGCGUUACUACGAGGUACUGUUUCAGUUGCUACAAGUCGUCGUGACGAGUGGAAUAGGAAAAAAUGAUGUUCUCGCAAGUCGUGUUGUUGUUUUUAUCGGUUCUCGUCGCUACUGAAGGUGUGCAGCAUGGAACUCCUCGCAUCGGGCAAAAAAACGCAGACAAUUACUACUGCGAUACUAUCACCUUCCCAACAACCUUCACGGGAGUUGAUCCUGUCAAAGUCUUUACGUCAGUUGGUUUUGGCACGAGCUCAUCACGUGUACAUGACGUAGUGUUCACGUGGGUUGAGUCUGUCACUACAAGUAGUUUUAAAGUCUGUCUGGUAGAGAAUGGCGCUGGAUCAAGUGGUAAUGUGACUAUUAAUUGGAUGGCUUACCAAGGCGUGCAGUCUGGUGUGACGGACGGCUCUGUGAGGUUCAACGACUGGACGACGGGAACGGAGUGCAAACAAGUUCGUCUUUCCCAGUCUUUUCCAAGUGUUCCUCAUGUCUUCGUUACUGCACAUCACAAUGUGUUGGACAACAAGCAUGAUGCAGCUACAGUUUGGGUGGAAGGAAUCACCACAAACGAUUUCAUUGUUUGUAUGAGAGAAGCAAGAACCUUUGAUGGACGCCAUAAGGACAUCGAUGUGGUACGGUAUUGUGGACAUAUGUCAUUCCACAUUAGCGAAACUACACGAACACAAUUUAARACAUGUGUUAARGACCUUGUUGGBCUGARGAACAAACAUCACCCUAUCGAGGUGGACUAUAUGGUGUUUGGAGAUCUUGAUCCAUGCAUCAACAAGACCUGUGAAUAUUUUGGUGUUUGUCAAGCAGUGUCAGCAAGUGUUGCUCAGUGUGUGUGCGUUACCCAGUGUCCAUCUUACCAGGAUCUCGUGUGUGCUUCCAAUGGUCGAACGUUUGAUAACAUGUGCGCUCUUGAAAGAGAAAUCUGUCAAACGCAGGGAAACUAUUCGUAUUACCAUCCAGGCAGUUGCCAAGGUAAAAAAGGUAAAUUCACGGGUACCCCCACGGUACUAGUCACUCUCGAGCACCAGAGAGAUGGACUCAAACACGAUGCUGCCAGUGUCUGGGUCGAGGACAUCAGCUCUUCCUCAUUUCAAGUUUGUAUUAGAGAGCUGCAGAACUUUGACGGAAUGCAUGAAGAGAUUGACUUGGAUUGGAUGGCGUUUGAAGCGCUUCAUCUCCCACUGUUCUCUGAGCAUGGCAGUGUUCACUUUGCCAAUACCCAAACACCUCUAGAAUCUAACAACUAUGCAUUCUGUGAGGAUGUGAACUUUGCAAGAAACUACACAAGACGACCUUCUGUGUUGGUAACAGCAACACAUGAUACAAGUGUUGGCCUUACUAACCCUACAUGUAACGGGAUUUCAGCAUGGAUUGAGGAUAUUACGAUGGCAACAUUCCGUGUUUGCCUUAAAGAGCUGUACUCGGACCGUUAUGAUCCUGUCACCCUGCAGUACGUGGUUGUAUCAGACAUAUGUGGAAAAAACUGGAACUACUUCAAUGGCUUCUGCUACAAGACCACCUCUUCCUGUGCUUCUUGGGAUGCAGCUCAGUCCAACUGUCUUGGUGUCAACUCCAAUCUAACCAGUGUCACCAGCCAAGAAGAAAACACGUACAUUCAACAUCGUCACGGCGGUGAUACAGGAUGGAUAGGACUACAAGACAUUGACAGUGAAGGAAACUUUACCUGGAUUGACAGUACAAAUGUUAACUUUACGUACUGGGCAAAGAACCAACCAAACGGUUACCCUGGAGACCAGGAUUGUGUACAUACUCUUGGAUUACGUCAUGACUAUCACUGGAAUGACGUCACAUGUGGGUCUUGCCAUCCAUACACAUGCAAGCGAGAUAUUGAUGAAUGUUCUGGUGAUUAUUACAUGUGUGAUGUAAAUGCAGAAUGUACCAAUAUAGAAGGUUCGUACACGUGUACUUGCAACUCUGGCUACAAUGGCAAUGGAAUGACGUGCUCAGAUACCGACGAGUGUUUACUCGGCACUCACAGCUGUGAUGCCAACGCGCAGUGUACAAAUAACGUUGGAWCCUAUACCUGUAGCUGUCAUCUUGGCUUUAGUGGUGAUGGAAGAACUUGUUCAGAUAUCGACGAAUGUUCGUCUGGUUCCCACAGCUGCAACGGCUACGCACAAUGUAGUAAUGCAGUUGGAACGUACACUUGUCAAUGUAACCCAGGAUACCACGGUGACGGUUGGGCUUGUACAGAUGUCGAUGAGUGYUCAACAGGCUCACAUUCMUGCCAUGCUAACGCACAAUGCACCAAUAACGUUGGUUCUCAUACCUGUCAGUGUAACCAUGGAUACCAGGGUGACGGAUGGACGUGCACAGAUACUAAUGAAUGUUCCUCUGGCGCCCAUACAUGUAAUGUUAACGCACAAUGUACGAAUACCGUUGGGUCGUAUACUUGUCGCUGUAAUAUUUACUACGAAGGCGACGGAUUUUCAUGCACAUAUACAGCAGGAGGCCUAAAGAAUUCCAUUAUUAUCCGUGACUAUGGCAACAACAACUAUCUGCAGCAGCUGUCCAGUUAUUUGAGUCCUGUUCUUCAAGAUUCAAGUAGAAGUCGUUGGGUAAGAUGUUGGAGAGCUGCUAGCGAUGGAUGGGAUGUGGAUUAUACAUUCCACCCCCAGUGUGACAACAAAGGACCUACAGUAACCAUUGUUCGUGUUGGUAGUUACAUCUUUGGUGGCUAUACUGAUGUAUCAUGGGAUAGUUCAAGCGGCGACACGUACUCCUCCAAAGCUUUCCUGUUCUCAUUGUACAAUACAUAUGGUUACAAUCCUGUUAAGUUUGUUAUUGUACAACGUCAACAGUAUGCUAUAUAUCGAUACUAUAAUUGUGGCCCUACGUUCGGUGGUGGACAUGACAUGUAUAUUUCUAACCAUGCAUCAGGAAGCACCGAUAGUUAUUUUUAUUCGCACGAUUGCACCAUCCCGCCUGGCUGUAGCUACGGUAACUAUUGCUCGUUCUACACAGGUAACGGUCGAUUUACACCUAGUGACAUCGAGGUUUUCUAUGAAACCACCAACUAUUUUGUUUUGGUUUUGUUUUCAUGCCAACCUUUCAAAUAUCACAUUUCUUUUGUUUUUCUUUUUCAAAAAUUGAGAGUAUUUAAAAAGCAGCAUAAUAUAACUCUUAUUUUAUCCGUAGCUUAUAGAGGCCUGGACAAUUCUAUUAUUCUCCGUGAGUAUGGCAACAACAAUUAUUUAGACGAUCUGUCAAGUUUUUUGAGUCCUGUUCUUCAAGAUUCAAGUAGAAGUCGUUGGGUAAGAUGUUGGAGAGCUUCUAGUGAUGGAUGGGAUGUGUAUUAUACAUUCCACCCCCAGUGUGACAACAAAGGACCAACAGUUACCAUUGUUCGCUUUGGUAGUUACAUCUUUGGUGGCUAUUCUGAUAUUUCAUGGGACAGCUCAAGUUCCUAUGCGUACUCCAGCAGACCUUUCCUGUUCACAUUGUACAACACAUAUGGCUAUCAUCCUAUCAAAUUUCCACUUGUGCAGUAUCCCGAAUAUUCUAUAUAUAGAGGUAGUAGUUAUAACCCUACAUUCGGUGGUGGACAUGACAUAUACAUGCCUAACCAUGCAUCAAGUCAUAGUAAUAAUCAUUUUUAUGUGUACUCAUAUGACCCCCCGCCUGGCUGCAGCUACAGUAAUUACUGCUCGUUCUACACAGGCAACGGUCACUUUACACCGAGUGACAUCGAGGUUUUCUAUGAAACCACCAACUAGUAAUGCGAAAACAAAUGGCUAAAAAGGUUGAAGAUAUUACCUUAUCUUAUAAACUGAUCGUCCGGAAGGCUAAGUUGCAGCUUAAAUGUAUUUUCAAUAGAAUGAAAAUGAAAUAUCGAGUUUUUGGGAAAAAAUAGGCGUGCUCUAGGCGUGUAUUUAGAAAACCUAUCAAUGAAAAUAGUAAGAGGCACAUUUUAUAGAGUAUAAUGUAUCACCCGAGUACUUCUCUGAUAAAA